UAAAAUUUUGCUGAGUUUUCCUACAAAAGUUUCUGUAAAGCAAAACAAAGCAGGUAGGAAUGCAGUGGAGUUGGACCUUCGACUGUCAUCUGACACAAAUCCUCAACAUGGUCCAACUGUGAGAAACGAUGGCAGGAGCAAUAGAACUGCUAGAAUCUUUGGAGGACUUGGGAGACAGAGAAUUUAAGAAGUUUAAGUGGUACCUGCAGCAGGCAGAGUUCCUGAAAACCAUCCCAUCCAUCCCAAAGUACCAGCUGGAGAGUUCAGAUCGUGAGGAUACCGUGGACCUGAUGGUGCAAACCUACAGCCGUCAGUGUGUGGAGGUGGCCAGGAUGGUUUUACGGAGGAUGAAGAGGAAUGACCUGGCAGAGAAGUUGUCAAAUGCUGCAUCCCAGGCUUCAUGGGAAGUUUCUCCAACAGAAACCUGCAGUCAUGAGGUCAUUGUUGGCAAUGAGAGGGUUGAAGUCCUGCCCAAGAACAUGCUGGCAUCCAAUGGAGCAGGAAAUCAACCCACCGAGUCAACUGAGGAACAGCCACUCUACUCUCCUGAUCCACCUUCAGCACAGCCGUCUGAUGAGACAGUUCCUGCCAAAUCUGGAGCAGCUGAAGGACUAAAGAACUCGUCACCAAACAAUCUGUUCUCUCCUGUCUCUGUGGAGGUCAGCAGUGAUAAAGAGAAUGGAGAAGAUACAUUUCUUAAUCCGUCAGACGUUCUAUCAAUGGCAAAGCAACCUGAAGGUGUGAAGAUGUCAGCACUGCCUUGUGCACAAACCACAUCAAGCCCGGCUGUGCUGCAGUCCAACCUCCAGAACAUGUUCAUAUCUGUGAAAGAUGAUUGGUUGGAGCACGACGAGGAGACUCUAUGCUACAUGCAUCCAGAGCUGUUCAUCACCGAUGAACGGGGUCAGCAUGAGGUCACAGGCUCAGAAACAGAAACAUCUAAAUCAGUGAAUGUCAGCAACAUGUUUCAACAUCUGUCCAGAAGAGGCAAAUCCAGCAGAACAGUGGUGACCAAAGGGUGUGCCGGCAUUGGCAAGUCCUUCCUAGUGCAAGAGUUUAUGUUGGAUUGGGCUGAAAAAAGAUUCAAUCAAGAAUUUCAUCUAGUUUUCCCUUUUGAUGCUCGCCGGCUGUGUUUAUGGAGAGGAGAGAGGUUUACUCUGGCAGAGCUAAUCCACACAGUUGUUCCGGGAAUGCCGUCCAGCGGCAUUACGGAGGAGACUCUUAGCGCAAUCUUCACAGAUUUACAAAAUGGGAGAGAAACCAGCUGUGACAGCAGUGAAUUCAAACUUCUGUUUAUCAUUGAUGGUCUGGAUCAGAAUCGCUUCCUGGAGUUUGAUUUUAUCAGCGGGACAAAUAAAUCGAACAUAAGAAAGUCAAGUAGAGUAGAAGUACUUCUGACUAAACUCAUCUUGAAGAAAUUGCUUCCUGCUGCUUACCUCUGGAUAACCACACGAUCUGAAGCAGCCAGUCAGAUCCCUCCUGAGUGUGUUGACAUGGUGACGGAGCUCAGAGGGUUCAGUGACCUGCAGAAAGAGCAGUACUUUAGGAAGAGAUUCAGAGACGAACCAUGGGCCACCGAAAUCAUCUCCCACAUCAAGACCUUAAAAAUCAUUCAUUUCAUGUGUCGCAUACCACUUCUCUGCUGGAUCUCUGCUGUAGUUCUGGAGAACCUGUGGGAAACAAGAGAGAGAGGAGCUCUUCCCAGCACCCUGACGGAGAUGUUCAUAGAGUUCCUGGUGGUUCAGAUCAACCACAUGAAGGAAAAGUAUGAUACUAGAAAGUGCAUCAUGUGCAUCAAGUCUCUGGCCAAACUGGCCUUUAAGCAGCUCCUCAGAGAUAACACUAUAUCUACUGAGGAGGACUUAAGAAGCUGUGGCCUCAUAAUGACAUCAGAGUGCUGUGAAGGGUUCAAAGAGAUCUUCAGAACAUUUUCUGGAAAGACGUCAGACAAUCACCAGAAGAUGAUUUUUUGUUUUACUCAGUCCAGCAUUCAGAAUUUUCUUGCCGCUGUUCAUGUGAUCAUUUCUCUGGUCUCCAACAACAAAAAUGUGAUGCUUGAUUCAUGGAUGACAGUUGAGAACUGCCUCCCCUGUUUCACAAGAACCUCGACAACAAAACUUCAUAAAACAGCCUUGAAGAGAACCUUGAAAAGUCCCAAUGGAAGGCUUUUGUUGUUCCUACGGUUCAUCAUGGGUCUUUCUCUACAGACAAAUCAGUUUCUCCUACAUGACCUGCUGGCACCAACAAGAAGUACCUCAUGGUCCAACCAGAAAAUAAUUAAGUACAUGAAGAAAAAACUCAGUGAGAGUACAUCACCAGAAACAAUCAUAGUAAUGUUUCUCUGUCUGAAUGAGCUGAGGGAUGACUCUGUUGUGGAGGAGAUCCAAAAGUUCCUGAGAUCCCAACGUCUUUCCAUGGACAAACUAUCACCUGAUCAGUGGUCAUUUCUGAUCUUAGUCUUAAUGUCAUCAGAAAAACAUCUAGAUGAGUUUGACCUGAGCAAAUACUCGUUGUCAGAGGAGGUUCUGCUGCAGCUCAUGCCUGUCCUGGAAGCCUCCAGAAAAGCUCUGUUAACAGGCUGCAGAUUAUCAGAGCGAUCCCUGGAAGCUCUUUCUCUGGUUCUCAGUUCUCAUUCCUCCAAUCUGAAAGAACUGGACCUGAGCAACAGUGACCUGCAGGAUUCAGGAGUGAAGCUGCUCUCUGUUGGGCUGCAGAGUCCAAACUGUAAACUGGAAAGUCUCAGGUUAACAGGCUGCAGAUUAUCAGAGCGAUCCCUGGAAGCUCUUUCUCUGGUUCUCAGUUCUCAUUCCUCCAAUCUGAAAGAACUGGACCUGAGCAACAGUGACCUGCAGGAUUCAGGAGUGAAGCUGCUCUCUGUUGGGCUGCAGAGUCCAAACUGUAAACUGGAAAGUCUCAGGAUGUCUAACUGUUUGAUUGCGGCGGCUGGGUGUGAUUUUUUGGCUUCAGCUCUGAACACCAACCCCUCCCACCUCAGAGAACUUGACCUGAGUCACAACAAUCCAGGAGAGUCAGGAAAGGAGCAGUUAGUCGCUGGACUAGAGAACCCAACCUGGAGACUACAGACGCUUAUGUUGGACCACUGUGGAGAGCCGAGGCUGCAGACUGACAUCAGGAAAUAUACAUGUAAACUUGAGCUGGACUCAAACACAAUAAACCAAAACCUCAAACUGUCCAAAAGCAGGAGGAAGGUAUUUUCAAGUCUCCAUGAAUAUCCAGAUCAUUUAGAAAGAUUUGACUUCUGGCCCCAGGUGCUGUGUAAACAUGCUCUGCCUAGUCGUUGCUACUGGGAGGUGAAAUGGGAAGGACUGGUUGAUGUAGCUGUAAGCUAUAGAGGAAUCAGCAGAAAAGGAAACGAUUCUGAAUGUUUGUUUGGAAGAAAUGAUAAGUCCUGGACUCUGACAUGCUUCUUCAACCAGUUUGCUGUCUUCCAUAGCAAAGAAAAAAAGGAAAUAUGUUUCCCCUCCCAUGUUUGUGACAGAAUAGCAGUUUAUGUUGACCAUCCUGCUGGCAUUCUGUCUUACUAUGUUGUCUCCUUUGACACAUUGAUCCACCUCCACACCUUCCACACCACAUUCACCGAACCGCUUUAUGCUGGAUUUGGAUGUGAUCGGGACAGGAAUCUUAACUGGUUCAAAAUUAGGUCUUCAGUGUCCAUUUGUUCACUGUUAAGUCUGUAAAAGCUGCUGCUGAGCAGAAAUAAACUACUUGGGUAGUACAUAUGUUGUUUAAUGUCUACUAAUUUAAAAUUACAGUAAACUUG